AGGCAGACAAGCGCUUGGAGCGAGGAGCCAUGGUGCGUCAAGUGCAGCUGGCGGGGGAUCGCCUCUGUUUUCAGCGCAUCAGUGGUGAGGGACCGGACACCGGUUGGGUGUCGGUGAAGCUGAAAGAUAAGAUUCUCAUGGAGCCUGCUCCCAUCCUGGAGCCAAAGGCUGUGGCGCAGGGCCAGGAGGCGAAAGUCUACGGCCCGGCCGCCGUUCCGGUGGAGAAAACGCGGAAGAUUCGCGUCUUGUGCUUGCACGGUACAGCUGCCACCGAGAAGGUCUUAAGGGCUCAGCUGACGCAUUUGCUGAAACUCUGCUCCGAGGACUUUGAAUUUCUGUUCCAGGAGGGCUGCAUUGAGUGCGAUGAGGCAAAUCCCAUCGUGGCCAAACAGGUGGAGCUCAUGAAGCAGUACUUCCCGGGAGAAAAGUUCAAGCAGUGGGCUGAACCCUUGGGCGUGGAUGGUGGUUGGAGGAGGUACGGCAAGUGGGAACCAGCCAUGGACUUUGUCCAAGAGACAAUGAAGAAGUUCGCGCCGGUGGAUGUGUUGCUGGGCUUUAGCCAAGGGAGCAAUUUGGCACAUCCAUUGGCCGCGCGCGCUGCGCGAGGACAUCCGGGGAUGCCGCCCAUCAACUGUGUGGUGCACUUCUGCACAACAAAGCCUGGCUGGGUAGCGCAGACGCCGGAGCUGUUUGAGUACCAGAUUCCAGUGCCCGCGCUGCUCAUCGAGGGAAAGGUGGAUGAGACCGCGCAGGGGGCCGCGGAUGUGGCGCUGACCUAUGCGGAUCCAGUGGUGGUGAAGCACAGUGACGGCCACCGACCUUUCCCCAAAGAUGUGGCGGAAGCGCGGGAGUUGGCACAGAAGAUUCGGGAUUUUGUACUUUUGCAUUGCCGUGGCUCGAGCCUGUAACAACGCCGAAAGAAAAG